AUGGUCGUCGUCUUAGCCGUCGAGGGCAUGAUGUGCCAGAACAACUGCGGCAGCACGGUACGGCAGGCUCUGACCUCGGUCCCCGGAGUCCUCCGCGCGGAGGUGUCUUUCGCCGAAAGCCGCGCGAGAGUGUGGACCGGCGACGGCAGCAGCGCCGGCGGCGACCCCGCCUUGUUGGACUCUAUUGUCGGGGCGGUGGAGAGCGUCGGUUUCGGCGCAAUGGUGCUGCCGGACGUGGUGCUGGAGGUGGAGGGUAUGAUGUGCCAGCGAAACUGCGGAACCACGGUCCAAGCCGCUCUCGCGGCCGUCGCCGGGGUGCACCGGGCGGAGGUGUCCUUCGCCGACCGACGGGCCCUGGUCUGGCUUAACGGCGGGACCGAGGACGCCCUAGUUGCUGCUGUGGAAGGGGUCGGGUUUGGGGCCGAGGUUGCUCCGGCCGUUUUGCUGGCGGUCGGGGGCAUGAUGUGCCAGAAGAACUGCGGCACGACGGUACGGCAGGCCCUUGAGGCCGUGCCCGGCGUCUCCCGCGCCGAGGUUUCGUUCGCGCAGAAGCGAGCGCGCGUGUGGGGCGGUGGCGGCAGCGAAGGGGUGGGCUUGAGGUCGGCGGACCUCGUGGACGCCAUCGAAACGAUCGGCUUCGAGGCAGCCGAAGCCCCUGCCGUUGAGCUGGAGGUCUCCGGCAUGAUGUGCCAGAACAGCUGCGGCACCACCGUGCGGCAGGCUCUCGAGAACGUCGCGGGAGUGUCGCGCGCGGAGGUCUCGUUCGCCGAGAAGAGGGCCAGGGUCUGGGGUAGCAGCGGAGGGGGGGUUUUGCUGUCCACCGGGACCCUUGUCGACGCCGUGGUGACGGUGGGUUUCGAUGCGAGCGGCGCCGCGGCGCCGGGACCAUCACCACCACCACCACCACCGGCCGGUGUGAAUGGAGGGGCCCCUAUCCCUGCCAAGAAGCAGCCACGGCAGCAGCUACGGCCGUCUUCCGUCACCGGUAGAGAGCUGAAUACCGAAAGUCGUGGCUCGAAGAACGGGGGAAGGAGUGCCAGUGCCGUCGUCAUUUCGUCGAACGGUGGCGCCAAAGGAGGCCGGAGCGGCGACGUUAGCGGCGGCAGCGGCGGCGGCGGCGGGCAGCUGGUGUUGUCUACCGGGAGCUUCACCGUGGAAGGCAUGUCGUGCGCGGCCUGUGUGGGCAAGGUGGAGCGGUUCGUGGGUGCGAUGAGGGGCGUCGGGGAAGUUCGCGUUGCUCUUCUCGCCGGCCAGGCAGAGGUGAAGUAUGACACGGAACAGCUUGCCCCGGAGGACAUCGCACGAGGAGUGUCCGGCCUGGGGUACAAGUGCCAGCACCUCCGGACUGUCAGAACCAGCAAGGCGGGCGGCGGAGGGGGGGGGGGUAGGCCAAACACCCUGGAGGUGGAGGUUACCGGAAUGUCGUGCACCUCGUGCAGCGGGAAGGUGGAGCGAGCGGUGUUGGCCCUUCCCGGAGUGGCCUCGUGCUCCGUCAGCGUUACCACAGGCCGCGCUAGCAUCACUUUCAAAGGCGACGGAAGCGGUGGCAAGCCUUCGUCAAUGGAAGAGGGUACCGGAAAAGAGGCGAGCGGAGUGCGUGACGUCAUCCGCGCCGUGGAAGGUCUCGGGUUUGGCGCCAAGGCUGUCGACCUAGGCGGCGACGCCCUCUCGGGCGUGAAGCGGUUGCAGGAGAUGACGCGGAAGGACGUGGCCAUGUGGCGGCGUCUGUUCUUGCUCUCAGUCUUCUUUACGGUGCCUCUGUUGUUGGCGCACUGGCUUCAGGUUUUGAUGCUCUGGGAGGGGCCACCGGUGUUGGGGGGCAUCUCGCUGUGCGACUUCGUGAUGUUCGUCCUGGCAACGCCAGUGCAGUUCGUGGUCGGGAGACGCUUCUACCGCGCCGCUUGGAUGGGCGUCAAGCACGGCAGCCUCGGCAUGGACGCCCUGGUCGUGAUGGGCACGUCAAGCGCGUACCUGUUCAGCGUGUGCGUGCUGCUGGUGAAGUGCUCGUUCGACCCCGAGUUCCCUUCCAAGUGCACCUUCGAGACCGCCGCGAUGCUGCUCACCCUCGUGAGCCUCGGCAAGCUCAUGGAGGCCAUCGCCAAGGGGCAGACCUCAUCGAGCCUCACGGCUCUCGUGAAGCUCCAGCCUAGGACGGCCCUGCUAUUGCCUCCGCCAGGCGUUUCCGUGGGCACCGAGGUGGCGGGAAGCGUCAAUGGGCACGGCGGUGCGGUCUUCAAGAAGAAGCGGAGAGGAAACAAGAUGGAGAUGGAGUACAAGGAAAUCGACGCUGGCCUCGUCCAGGUCGGGGACAGCCUUCUGGUCAAGCCCGGGUCGCUGCUGCCCGCGGAUGGUGUGGUGGUCUCCGGAAACAGCACCGUGGACGAGAGCAUGAUCACCGGCGAGAGCAUGCCAGUGACGAAGGCUGCGGGAGACCUAGUCUUCGGGUCCACCGUCAACCAGAUGGGUUCCUUCACGAUGCUGGCACAGGGCGUCGGCAAGGACACCGCUCUCAACCAGGUGGUGAGGUUGGUCCAGGAAGCGCAGUCGUCCAAGGCGCCCAUCCAGGCCUUCGCGGACCGCAUGUCUUCGAUCUUCGCCCCAGUGGUGCUCUCGAUGGCCAUGGUCUCCUUUGUCUCCUGGUACGCGCUGCUCUCUCAAGACCCCCGACCCACCUGGCUCGGAAAGCUCGCCGAUCCUCCCGUAGGGAGCACGGCCACGGACCCUUUCCUGUUCGCGCUGCUCACCGCUGUCGCCGUCACUGUGGUGGCUUGCCCCUGCGCCCUGGGCCUUGCGACCCCCACCGCGGUCAUGGUGGGCACGGGGGUGGGCGCUAAGAACGGGGUGCUGAUCAAAGGGGGGGCGGCCUUCGAGGCCGCGCACAAGGUGGACACGGUGCUGCUGGACAAGACCGGCACGCUUACGAUGAACAAACCCACCCUCACGGACGUGUUGUCGCAGGGUGCAGCAAACACGAAGGACUCUGUCCUAGCCCUGGCGGCCUCUGCCGAAGCUUCUAGCGAGCACCCGGUGGGCACGGCGAUCGUCGAGGCGUCUCGAGCAAGAGGGGUUUCCAAGCUAGAGCCUGCCGUCGAGGGGUUCCAGUCUACCCCGGGGAUGGGGGUUUCGUGCACGAUCGUCAAAGACCGUGGCGGGUCUGCUUCCGGCACAACCGGCGAGCGUCACCGUAAGAUGUCCAAGGGCGACCUCGUGCUCGUCGGGUCUAGGACCUGGCUGUCUCGCCACCACGUACGCAUCCCCCCGGAGAUAGAGGGGCACGCCGCGUCUCUGGAGUGGCAAGGGAAGACCGUGGUGUUUGUCGCGGGCGGCGGGGAGACUAAAGGAGUCCUGGCUGUCGCGGACAGCGUUAGGCCGGAGGCCAGGGAGGCCGUGGGGACGCUGCACAGGAUGGGGAUCAGCGUGUGGGUUGUGACCGGAGACAACCGUGCUACCGCAGAGGCGGUGGCAGCGAUUGUCGGCAUCCCGAGGGGGAAGGUCAUGGCCGGCGUUCUUCCUGCAGACAAGUCAAGAAAAGUUCAGGAGCUGCAGAGAAUGGGACAGGCGGUUGCUAUGGUCGGGGACGGGGUCAACGACUCUCCCGCCCUGGCCAUGGCUGAUGUUGGCAUCGCCGUCGGAGCAGGGACCCAGGUGGCUGUGGAGGCCGCGGAUAUGGUGCUGGUGCGGUCCGACUUGAGGGACGUGGUGGUGUCACUUCACCUGAGCCGAGCGGUAUUCCGCCGCAUCCGGAUGAACUUCGUCUGGGCCCUCAGCUACAACGUGGUGGCUCUACCGCUGGCCGCGGGUCUCCUGAAGCCGUGGUUAGGCCUGGGCGUGACCCCUGCCCUCGCGGCCCUGUUCAUGGCUUCUUCGUCCAGCCUCGUCGUCUUGAGCAGCCUCGGCCUGAAGCUGUACACCCGCCCUGGAGAGGUAGCCCCGAGAGAGUCAGUGGUGAGGUCCUGCAGGAGGCGGCUGGGUCUGCGGACGCCACCCCCUCCACGACACGGCGGCACCAGUUGGAACAACCCCAGGGUGUACGAUCGGCAACGUCGAAGGUCUUGGCUGGGCAAGGAGUUCUGGCUUGAGCUGGGGUCCCGGCGGCCGUGGAGGACAAGGGAGAAGAGGAGGGACGUCGGAGGGGGGUGGGGGGGUAGCAAGCGGUUCCAGGCGGGGGAGGCGUCGCCCCUUCUCGGGCCGGGGCAGUUCCAAGUAUGAUGACUACCUGUUGUUGUUGUUGUUGUUGUUGUUGUUGUCGGCCGAACCGACCAAUGUUGGGUGUCUUGACGCCUACCUUAGGUUGCAUGACGUAAGAUAUCACACCCCUGGAGCGAUUUGCAAAGCUCGAGGAGAAAAAGCGGCGACGGUGCUGAAGAUGGUGGCGGCGUUGGAACCGUCUCGUCAAGAGGCUUUACGAAAACGGAUCAGUUCGUUCCGGCAUCAUCCUCCUCGUGCAGAAGUCGGGCUUUGGAAAUCGGUCCCGGGGGUGUGUUGUACCUGGGCAACCGAUGGCAUAUUUCUGGCCUCCAAGACAGCGGGCCUCGAGGCAGCAGAAGUUGCCCUACCUCUAUGGCUUGGAAGAGCCCUACGAAGGGAGUUGGUUUCCUAGGUGGCCGCACCACGCUAUGGCGGUACGUGUCUCCCGUAGCUUGCGGGCAUAACCCUAGAGGUCGGCGGGUGAGUGAGGGAUAUUUGACAUCACUUGGGAUUUCAUCUUCUUGAUUGUUUGCCACCCAGAAGAAACACUUUUUUUUUUUGUGUCCCGCCGGUUGGUCGCUUCACGACCUUGUUCGUCGUGACAACGUUGUGAUACAUACAACAUUGUCAUGGUAAGGACGUUCUAGGCCGUAGUGAGUGGCAAGUAUCGAUUAUUGUGUCUCUGCUCUGUUUGGGUUCGUUGGUGGUGUCGGUGCUGUCGUAAGCAAUUUGUUUCUCGUACAACUUUUUUUUUGCGGUGUUGCAUGUUUUCUUCGUCAGGAGGACGACGCUCAUGAAGCGUGUUGUCGUUCCGUGUGGGGCAUUAUUUUC